AUGGAUCCCAACGCGCUCAUCAGCGAUCAGGAGCUUGAAGAUUACAAGCACGCAUUUGCCGUGUUCGACAAAGACGGUGAUGGUGUCAUCACCGCCAAAGAGCUGGGCGAAGUCAUGCGUUCGCUCGGCCAUGCUCCCACUGAAUUGGAGCUGCAGGAUGUGAUGAAUGAGGUCGAUAAGGAUGGUGGUGGCACCAUCGAUUUGGACGAAUUUCUGACCAUGAWGAAGCAUAAAUUGAGCUCAAAUGAUACCGAGGCGGAGCUUCGCGCUGCGUUCAACGUCUUUGAUAAGGAUGGCUCGGGAACCAUUAGUGCGGAUGAAUUGCGAGCCAUGCUCAAGUCUCUCGGGACCGAUAUGAAUGAACAGGAGAUCAACGAUCUCAUCCGUGAGGCUGAUACCGAUGGAGAUAACAACAUCAGCUUCGAGGAGUUCAAGAGCAUCAUGGCGCUUUAA